UUGAAAGUUGAGGAAAUUGGGGAAAAACCCAAAUGGUCGAGCUCCAGUGCCUUUACCCUCUAUACUUCUUCGAUCAUAACCCAGCUCUUCGAAACAUAGCAUGGGGUGUUUCAUCCUACACCUCCAACUCCUUUCAUCUGCAGUUCUAAAUAUUUUAUUUUUAACCUUAACAACUAAUUCUACACUUUUGAAAAGUUUUAUUAUCUUUUUGACUCUAAUAAACAUUUUUUCACAUUUUUUCUCUUUCUUUCUUAUUGAAAACACACCACCUUAAUAAUAAUUUAAUUUAAUUUAAAAUUCAAAUAUUAUUUAGUAUAAUUUUUGUGGCUGCAGUUUCUUCUGGUAAAGUGCCUCUUAAGGCUGUACAGCUCUUGUGGAUUAACCUAUCAUGGAUACUCUUGGAGCCUUGGCCUUGGCCACUGAGAAACCGACCAUGAACUCAUGAAGUUGAGCCACUUAUAACUAAAAAGCUAUGUGGAGGAACCUCAUCUCACAAGCAUUAUAUCAAGUGCUUGUGUUACUGAUUUUGCAAUUCAAGGGAAGAUCAAUCUUUGAUGUGAGUGAGAAGGUGAAGAACACUAUUAGUUUCAACAAUUUUGUCCUCUGCCAGGUUUUCAAUGAGUUCAAUGCAAGGAAGCUGGAGAAAAAGAACAUCUUUGAAGAGCUUGGUAAAAACAAGCUGUUCAUAGUAAUUGUGGGCCUGACUGUGGUUCUUCAGGUUGUGUUGGUUGAGUUUCUGAAGAUGUUUGCUGACACUGAGAGAUUGAGUUGGGGCCAAUGGGGUGUUUGUGUUGCUAUUGGAGAUUUGUCUUGGCCAAUUGGCCUGCUUGUGAAGUGUAUCUCUGUCGGUCCCAACAAAUAGCUUCACAAGACUAUCAUCCAGAAAGAUAUUUUAUUUUGCUUUCAUUACUUUUUCUUUCGCAUUGCACACUGUGGU